AUGAGAGCCGUGUGGCUCAAACGAGAGGAGGCCGUUCAGCCCCACCCAGCAGAUAGCCGGUCACCGGAGCUCGCCCUGUCGUUCCCUGGAGGACACCAGGGAGCUCGACAGGCUUCAGCAACGUGGCUGGGUGGCCUGUUCCAUACUCCCACCACCCUUUGGCUAGCUGCCAGCCGCAAGAGCCCUGGCGCCGGCGGCGUCGCCCGAGCCGAGCGCCUGCCAGCUGUCCAGAUCAAACCUGAGCCGCUGGAGAAGGAGUGCACGCAGUUGGAGCAUGAGGAGCAGCCCCUGCAGCCUGCUGUGGUGAAGUCAGAAGUGACCCCCUCGCCGCCCCCACUGUGCCAGGUGAAGCAGGAGCCCCCCGAAGACCUCCUGUCUGCCGACCAGACCGAGCCCGUCGACCUGUCACUCAACAAGUCCCGCCCCAGCCCGCCGGUUACCAGGGCGACCGGCCCCGCCCUCUCCGCGCUGGCCCCGCCCAUCGCCCCGACCCUUCCGUCCUCGGCCACGCCCAUCCCCGCCGUCCUGUCCCCCGGGUCGAUCCUGGCGUCCACGCAGGGGGUCGGGGGGCAGCAGAUCCUGCACGUCAUCCACACCAUCCCCUCCGUCAACCUCCCGAGCAAGAUGGGCGCGCUGCAGACCAUCCCCGUGGUGGUCCAGUCGCUGCCCGUGGUCUACACCACGCUGCCAGCCGACGGCAUGGCCACGGCCGCCAUCACCGUCCCCCUCAUCGGCAGCGACGGGCGCUCUGAGGGCUCCGUGCAGAUCAAGCCUGGCUCGACCUCUCCGGUGGAGAUGCACAGCGACAGCGACGCCGAGAGCGGCACGGAGUCCGGGUCCGCGUCCUUCAGCGCCCUGACCCAGGACCUGGGCUCUGCCCCUCACUCACAAACACAGUCCCCUGAUUCGCCGGAUAUGAAGAGGAGGCGUGUCCACAGAUGUGACUAUGAUGGCUGUAACAAGGUGUACACUAAGAGCUCCCACCUGAAGGCACAUCGCAGGAUACACACAGGGGAGAAGCCGUACUGCUGCACCUGGGAGGGCUGCGCGUGGCGGUUCGCGCGUUCGGACGAGCUGACCCGGCACUUCCGCAAGCACACGGGCAUCAAGCCGUUCCGCUGCACGGACUGCGACCGCAGCUUCUCGCGCUCCGACCACCUGGCCCUGCACCGGAGACGCCACGUGAUGAUGUGAUCGGCACCGCGUGAGGGGGCGCGGUUUGCAGACUGAAAUGGCGAAAUGGGGGGGGAUGAGGGGGCGGGGGGCGAGGUGUGGGGGUGCGACUGUGAACCCACGACCUCCUUCGCCCGUCUCCCCUCCCUCCCUCCUGCGGCUCGGCCGGCAGUGGGUGUGUCCAGCAGGGGAGGGGGCGGGGACGGCAACGGCUCAAGCACUUGGACACGCCCCCCGCCUGCACAGGCCCCUCCCCCUCUCCCUGCCUGUGAUUUUACUGUGAAUUAGCCAGCCCACACACCCAGGCCGCAUGAGGCCAGAAGAGACUAGAAAGCACAGGAGGCUCCUCCAAUCCGCCAGUGCCAUCUAAAUAUAUCGUCAUAUAAAUAGUGCCGAGCUCGAAAUUCCAGAGCUGGGAAUGGAUGGGCGGGGGCUCGGUUUUUUCCCAGGUUGGAGAACACGCGCGGCUGGAUGGGGGGAGAGGGAAGUGCUCGGAUUAGGGAUGGCGGGGGUGUGGACUCCGCGGUCUGCCGCAGUCCUCUUGCUCGUAUUGACGUGCCGCCUGAGUUCGUUGCCGCCUGGUGGGCGAGCGGGCCUGUGAUUUUGACGUGUGUGUGUGUGUGUGUGUCGCGAGGGAGGUCUUGCCUUUUCCAGACGAUUCGGGGGUCCCCCUAUCCCUGCUGUGACCCCACAGAAUCUCCCCUGUCAGGGGAGUGCUGUGUGUGGUUCAGUGUGUUGACCCACGGCCCUGCCCAGCCCCUCGGAGGUCAACGAGACUGUGAAUCUUCUCCUCGCUGGUUUUUUUUUGCCCCUUUUCCUUUGGUUUUGCAAUCCACCCAUCGCCCGCCCGCCCACCCAUCGCCCCACGAGACUUUAUUUCCCAAGAACAGUAUUGAACUCUUUCUUAUUUUUUUUAAGGGCUGUUUUUGGACUGUUUGCCAAAAGUAGUUUGUUGUUUUUUUUAAAUUGGGAGCGAACAGCACGGAGGCUUGGAGAUGAGGCUGUGGGAAGACACAACGGGAGCAGGGUUUUUUUUCAGACUGUGGGGUUUUGCAUGCUCUCUAAAAAAAAAAAAAGGCUGCAUUGUCAAUGGAUGUUCCUGGUUUCGUGGUACUUGUUACACCUUAAAGCAAGCUGGCAGCAAAACCUUUGGCUGCAAUCUGUGUUGAUGUGGCGCCUCCAGUAAUAAUGUAGUAUAUGUCCUGCAAACUGAGGAAGAGUUAAUACAGAAGCAACUAUUAUACAUCUGUUAAAGCAGAUUAGAGUGGAUUUAUAGCUUCCCUUUUCCUCCACUCCACUUCUCCCUCGUUCCUGUGUCCCUCCCUCCCCGUACACCGUGUGGGGUGGAGGGCCCAGACCAGGAGGGGGCGCUGCACGGCGUGAGCUGGCAGGUGAAGAAUGCAGCUCCCCCUGCACAGCUAAGCAGGCUCCGGGCCCAGCCUUGGCGCAGAGGCAGCUUCGCUAAAAGGGAUCAAGACACGAACGCGCCUCUGUCCGCCAGCCGGGCCACGCGUGUCAAGCAGGGCCUGACGCAGAAGCUGUGAUACUGCUCCCGUGUGUGUUGACACAGUGGACUAACGUCCACUGCUUCUCGCUGGCUGAGGGAUGCUCCUUUUUCCAAUGGCGGGAGAUUGGUAUUUGCACACGCGAUGGAGAGUCAGUGCAAAUAGUUAGGAUGAUUUCUUUCUUUGUUUUCUUCUUUUUUUUUUUAUUCACUCACUAAGAAGGCUGUGAAAAAACAUAACCCCAGAAUGUGUUUACAGGACAGUAGUAAUGAUCAAGUUGUGUACAUGUGUUGAACCCUUUUUGUGCAGUGUGUGCGCCCUGGACGCACACGGAUCCUCGUACUCCGAUUUAGUCAGGGAUCGAGAGGAUGCGGGCAGGAGAUCUGUUCUGCCCCUUGCUGGGCAGGAGCUCAAAGCACUGAAGGAAAGAGCCCCAUGUGCAGACCCAUAGCGCAGUGCACGAUGCACAGGGCGGAGAACACCCUGGUUUUGCCCCAAGCCCCCCGAGCCUCCAGGGGGCGCUCAGGCCUGGAAGGUGGAGAGGAGUCCUGCCUUUUAAUUUCAGCACGCCAGUUCAGCGAGGGGUGAUGCCAACUCCGACGCAGCCAGCUCUGCGUUUGGGGCCCUUGAACAAAACCGAAAUCGGCUUGUCCCUUUGAAAACAAAGGCGGGAUUCAGGUCUCGGGGCUCUCCAGGGGCAAAAUCUCUUUGCCGGAGGAAGCAAAAAUCGAACUGGCCUCUGGUUUAUCAAAUGGGUCAGCAUUUAUGGUUUCUGUUUUCUUUCUCAUCCAGCUCAUGGUGUGGUGUUAACCAAGCACAUCCUUUUUAAAAGGACAGUACAGAUUAUGUAGAGUUUUGUAAAGUAAAAUCUUAUCAGUCCUAACCACAGGGAGGAACAAUACACAAGAUGUACAUACUGUAUAUAAUCCAAAGUCCAGAUUAAAUGUAACGGGUGGAUUUCUAUUUUUAACACUGACUAGAUAAUGUGAAAAAUGGCUUUUUCUGUUGUCGUUCUGCUCCUGGUUUUGUUUCUGUAGUGGCCGAGGUGAACUGAGCGCGUCUCGCUGGUGUCCAGUGAGGGUCUCGUUUCGGGUCGGUGGCCCGGUGCCACUGGGCCCGAUUCGGUGUCCUCCACAGCACAGCACACGGGGACGGCUGUGAAACUCCCGUUGCUCUGCACCUGGAGCCAUUCCAGGUUUUACCUGCUGGAGGCCUUUCCAAAAAUUCGCACCGAUUUUCCCCCCCCCUUCCCCCCCACACCUCUUGCGUUCAUGCUUUUUACAGUGUUUUGCGUCGCUUUGCAGAGGUAGACAAGGGACUAAGAUUAAACUGGGGAAUAGAAAGGCCGUUUUUACAGCUCUUCAGUGUAUCAACCCGCCGAGCAGCUGGAGUUUCACUCGUACCUGUGACUGACAGCUGACGCAACACUGCGAGCACAGGAGGGGAGAGGGGUGGGGCGGGCAGGGGGGGGUGUUUUGGAAGAGUGAGAAAAGCGAUGAAGAGAUCAUUGGAACCAGACUGGAGCCCCGCCCUGUGAAUGCAGCAGGCUGCUAUGGAUUUAGAGGCAGAGGAAACGGGACAGGUCCUGGAGCAGGAAUGAAAUGGCGGAAGACGAUGAGAUGACAGUGGGGUCCCUCAGUCCCACGCUGAAUCCCUCGCAGUGGGGCAUGUGUGCAGUCUGAGUCGCCAGUCUUCUGCCAUCGGCAGAAACCGCCUUCAAUUAAGAAAGAAAUUAUUUCUGGAUGGCAGAGUUGUGAUCCGAGGAAAACUAGUCCCUCAACCCCCAAGGUCCCUCCCUCUCCCCUCGUCAGGUUCUUUACAGAUCCUUCUGUUGAACCCAGACUGAAUGAUCUUAAGAAUCAAGACCAUCCUCCUGUCCAUGUCCUUGUGCAAAGGCAUAACCACACCGGAGUGGCCAGCUGAACAUUUCCCUUUGGAUACAGCGCCACCUAGUGUAAGCAAGAUGUAAAAGCCUUUUGGAGGGGGGUGUAUUUUGGGGGGUUUCUUUGUGUGUAUGUGUGUGCGUGCUUUUAAUCUCAAGUACCUAAUUCUAUUUCUUAAAGCAAACAAAUCAUAGGUAUUUUAUAUUGAAUGCAGUAACUUAUGGGCCAGUAAUGUAAUACUCAGUGCAAUGCAGUUAUUAUUAUUAUUAAUAUUUUUUUGUAUUUGUAUAGAACAAAUGUUUAAAGAGCAGUGAGGAAAAUGCAAGGUUUUUGAUACUGUGAGAAAUGGUGUGAACAGACCAGUUUCCCUGUAUAUUCAUGAUUACACCCCUCCUUUUAUAGAAUAAAAUGUUUUUUGGUGGAACA